CUGGGAGUGAAAAGGGAAAUGCUGCGCCAGUGUCCCGGCUGAGAGACGGAAGCGAGCUUACUCAACAUAAGCUCCUGUGUCGUUUCACGCUUGUGUCAUUUCAUAAUUACGCUGUCAAAAAUCAACGUUUCCAAACAUGGUAACUACUUGGCAGUGAAACCGCACAUCAUUCUAUUCAUCCCUGAUCCUCCCUUUCACAAAUCUCUCAGAGACCAACAGCUAUCCUUCUCUCCUGACUUCUGUAAUUUCCAAUAUCCAAAUUUCAUCUGCACAUCAGCUAUCUGGUUGUGCAGCUUCUGGUCCCUCCACCAUCCCAGAAGCAAAAACAUGGCCUCUCCUAAGUUGGGGCUGUCAGCCACCACCACUACUUCUUCUUCCUCAUCGCACCCUGGAAGUCCAAGCUGUGUGCCUGAGGGCCCCCUAAGUCCUGUCACUCCUACUCCCAGCCCAGAUAUGACCUUUGCCACAGCUGCACCUUCUAGGACCCAGCUGAGCAUUGCCCUGAUUCUGGAGGAGCUGCGGGUGCUACAGCAAAGACAAAUACACCAGAUGCAAAUAACAGAGGAGAUCUGUAGACAGGUACUGGGCCUCGGUGGAUCCUCUUAUACAGUAGACACACCCUCCCAGCAACUUCUACCUCCCCUGCCACAGUUGUGCCUGGAAGGAAGCAAGAGAGCUGCCAGCCCCACAGCCCAACCAUCUGCACCUCAGCCUUCCACUUCUGUGGCUCCUCUGCUCGCCUGUUUCUCCUCCUUGCUCCCUUCUCGGCCAGCCAAUAAGCCCACAAAGCCAAGCAGUUCCUUGUCUCAUAUCUUGCAGCCCCAUAAGGAUCAGAUGGAAAGAACAGGAGAGGCUGGGGAAGCUUAUCUGAGGGUGAAUCCUCAAUCCUCAGCUCCUUCAUCCUCUUCCUCUGAUGCUAUCUCUAUAUCCUCUUCUGCCUAUCCUCUAGCCCUGUCUUUAGCUCUGCCUAACUGUCUUCAUGAGAAAUCUCCAAAUACCACCUUGGUGAGUGGGCAUUGUGGCCUGUCCUUUCUAAACUCCUCACUCCCCUCAUCAGCGUCUAUUGUUCCAAACACUCUACAUGCUUUACAAUCUGUCUCUGGAGGAGGAGAUCCUUCCCCUUUGUCCAGCUCCACUACCAAAGGCCGCCUCCAGCAUGGCUGCCGAUUCUGUGGAAAGAUGUUCAGCAGUGACUCAUCCUUCCAGAUACAUCUACGCUCACACACAGGGGAAAGACCAUACCAAUGUCCAGUGUGCUUCAGCCGUUUCACUACGAGAGGCAAUCUCAAAGUGCACUUCCUGCGCCAUCGUGAGCAAAAUCCUGAGUUGUCACUUUCACUCCUUCCACCUUCAUUGUUUGGGGUAGCAUUUGGGGCAAGCGAGGGGUCACAUGUGGGGCAGACCUUGAAUAGUGGCAACAGUGCUGAAAUUCAUAGGAUUCAGAAAAAGCACAAAUGCACUGCUGAUGAUGAAACGUGUAGAGAUAAUUUGGAGGAAAGUGGUUCAAGUACCAGUCUUUCUUUGGGAGGCUCUGGAGGAUCUACAUCCUGUACUUUACCACUGCCCUCUACUGUGGAUUUAGCUUUGAUUUCACACUCUCUCUUGCAGCUCAAUAGGGCUGCAGCUGUAGCUGCUACAGCCUCCAUUACCGCUGGCUCAUCAUCCUCAACAUCAGCCUCCUCUCUGGCUACCUCCCUUCUUUCAAACCCAUCCUUGUCUUCAUCUUCCACCCUCACAGGGUUAUUUAAAGGUGCGAAGCAGCAGCACUUUGAUGAAAACACCCCCCCUCAUGCCUCAAUACUUACUCCCACAGCUUACUCUCAACUAGCUCACCUGCCAAAACUCCUUUUCCCAUCUGCCUCAGCCUCGUAUUCCAUCCCUGCUGCAAACUCAUCCCUUUACAAGCAUCCACCCGUGAACCUGCUGCAUGCCCCACUACCUACUAUUCCGGGCACCAACCAAUUGGCUUCUUCUAGUCACUCACAGCUUUCCUUUCCUUUCUCUUCAUUUCCCAAAGUGUCUGGACACACCAGCACCCCAUCAUCCCUGUCUUUGUCCACGUCUACCUCCACUCCUACAUCUGAAACCUCCAAGUUGCAGAGGCUAGUGGAGAAGCUAGAGAAGGGGAAUGCCUCUUCUCAAUGGACGACCUGUUCUACUUCCACUUCCAUCCUGGACAUGUUAUCUGGCAGUAUCACUACCUCUUCAGCAAGUUCAGCUAACUGCCAGCUUUCCAAUGCCAGCGUUUCUUCUACAUACGUCAUGGCAUCACCUCCAUCGUCUACUCUAGUAACCACUUCUGUUUCAAACUUCACCCAUGAGAUGAUUGCUGCCCUAGGCAUGAGAACAAAUGACGCAAGUGUCAUGGCAAGAGGCAUCCCAUCAACACUGAGCAUCACAAGCCCAGCUGGUAACCUGACACCCAAUCAGUGUGGGGUGUGUCUAAGGGUGCUGAGCUGUCCCAGAGCACUGCGUUUGCACCAGGCAACUCACCUUGGAGAACGUCCUUUUCCCUGUAAGAUAUGUGGAAGGUCCUUUUCUACCAAAGGCAGCCUGAGAUCCCAUCUAGCUACCCAUCAUCUCAGGCCACCUAAUGCACGCAUCCACAACUCUUGCCCUUUGUGCCAGCGUAAGUUCACUAAUGCCCUAGUGCUCCAGCACCAUAUUCGCUUGCACCUUGGUGGACACUUGCCCCCUGAUGGCACAGAGGAUACUACACGUGAGAUACCAGCUGAAUUGAAUGUUAACCUUUUGUCACAGUCUCACCUUCAAUCCACUAAAUCAGAUACGCCCAUUAGUAAAAUACCUACUUUGACUGGCCAUGCUAAGAGCCCGACAAUAAGCCCACAGUGUCAAACUCCAGCAGUUGGAUCAGUCCAAGUCUCUAGCGAUAUAAAAGGAGUUGAUUUUGCCCCAAAUCCCAUCCAAUCUGCUUCCUCCACCCCAGAACAUAUCCAUCCUACUGACCUUAGCCCUGACCUGUUCAUGAACUCCCAUGGACAAAAUCCACUACCAGGCAGUGUGGAGCCUGUCCUCUGUGUCAGUGCCUUGCAAGAUUCACAGCAGGCAGAUAAAGCUUCUCCAGUUGACACAGCCAGUCAUAUUGAACACAAAGAUACUGCCAAACUUCCAAAAUCUUCUUCCUCACCAGUUCCCUGCAUUUCUAGCAAAACCACGGUGUUACCUAAUGCUGUGAUGGUGGAAUGUGGAAAGGAUGAAGCAUCUACCUCUUUUGAUGUCUGUCCUGGCUCCAGAUCAACCCUGGAAAUCUUACAGAGUACACCACCUCCAUGUUCUUACACCUGUACCAGUAUUUCCUCUGACCUUAUCCUGACCCAAGAUGCCCCUGCUGUUACUGCAACACCAACCUUAAAGACAAUGCCGCAGUCACCAGAAGCCAUGGAAAAAGACACAAACCAAUCCCCUCCACCAGCAACACCAAAGCAAGACCAAACAUCCACUGUAGAACCCACAGGCACUGCUGGGGUUGAGGUAGGAAGUGCACUACAGAAAGCGGUCAAUUUUGUGCAGGAGACCAGUCAGAGAUUUCAUUUUGAUUCAUAUGGAAGAGACGAUCAAGUAGAAUUAGCUGCAAGCGAAGCACUGGAGACAUCUGCCCCCAUUUGCAUUGCCCCAACUCUGCCCUCCCCAAUGUCUCGCCCUGAAAAAAAGACCUACUGCUGUACUGACUGUGGAAAAGAGUAUGCCAGUCGAAGUGGACUUAAGGGGCACAUGAAGCAUCAUGGUGUUGUGAAAACAUCACGUCCAUCAGCCAGGAGCAGUCGUUCCUUCACUGACCAACUUCCUUCUUCAUCUGUGACUAAUCCCGUCCCUAGGAGCUCCGAAAGCUUCUGGAACCAGUACCAAGCUUUGUUCAGCAAGCGUAAUACUGAACCAGCCGAUGACCCAGCCCCUGGAAGCCAGAGAGAAAGUCACUUGACACAAUCAGCAAACUCAUCCGUUCAGUCUCGCAUGAAUCCAAGAGUUUGUGAAGGAGCUGUUGAGAAGGCUAGUGAGGAGUCAUAACUCAUGUCAGUGUGGUUGAUUGGAUGAUAUUCUAGUGUUUUCCAUCCAUGUUUACCUUUUGCUGUGUGUACUUGCAUUGUAUUGCUUCUUUAACCAAUUUCAGUUCAAUAGGCAGAAUAAUAUGUGAUAUGUAUGUGGACGCUGUGAGCCAAUCAACUUGUUCUUGUCAUAGAAAAUAUUAUUGUACACAUAAAAAUAGAAUUAUUCAAGUAGAGUCCAGUUGUGACUGGAUUUGGUUUAAAAGUAAUACUAUAUUUGUUAGGCUACGCUUUUUAUUUUAGUUCGAGGCACAUUCUAACAAAAAAACUAUAAUAAAGAAAACUCCCUGUUUUAUCUACAACUGGGUCAAAUAGUUCAUUACUUGUUUAAUACUUUGCUUUUUGUCUUUAAGUUCAGAUAUUUUUGGGUGCUUGUCUUUGUUCUUCACUGCUGCUGUAACACUGGAAUUUACAUACUAUACUGUACGAUCAAAACCUCACAUUGUAUCUUACUGUAUCCUAAACUUACCACCAGAUCGUUCCUGAUAGGAGUGAGGGAAACUGAUAGCAAAGAUUACUAAAAGUAUGGUUUGAACACGUUGAAAGUUAUUUUGUAAGCAUGUCAGUACUAAUCGUGCUGUCCUAUGUAACAAAUCUGAUCCAAUUGGCACAAAGGAGAGGUCAAGCUAACCAAAACACAAUUAGCCCAAACUAGGCCUGUUUUAUGUCUACAAGAGGGAACCAAGACAUCAUUGAGUCAUGGACUAAGCAAAAAAAAAAUUCCUAUGUAACAGCAAGCAAAUUUAAUUAUAUCUUUAUUUUUCAGUGGGAAAUAUAAAGUCUUUUGUCCUGUGUUGUGGUGCCGCUAAACUGCUUGUUGUGAUUUUCUUUACACUACAUUGUCCUGUCAAACAUGCAGAAAUGCUACUGUGUUCGUAAGCCCAGUGACCCUGUGAGGGGUCAUACUGUAUAUCACAUAGUCAUAGGUCACAUCUUUAGUGUGAUCUACGAACUUAAGCUUUGUGAAUAUUAUGAGUGUUGUUUGGUCCAAAGUAAUAUUAAUAUUUGUGACACAGAGAUAUUUGUCUGUUUGUUGUAAAUUGUACUUUUAUUAUAUCCAUAUUAAAAAAUUUGGAAAUUACAAUUUAUUGAUAAUUGAUUGGGUUUUCAAUUAAAAAGCUUGUUCAAGUGGAA